AUGGGCACCAAAUCAUUUCGAUUAUUUGUUUGUAUUAUUAUGUUAUUCUCUCCUAUUCUUGCCAAUGAUUAUCGACAACGUAUUGUUCUCAAUAAUUUAUUUACAAAUUCAAAUUAUCCAUCAAUCCAAAUUGCUCUUGAACAGGUUAAUACACAAUUAUUAUCUCAGAUAGAUCGACAAUUUUAUUUCAACGAAACAGAAGGAAUGAUUAAAUGUGAUGUUGGUAUCGGUAUAAAAACAUUUUUUGAUAUGCUUAAUCAAUCUCCAUCAUUAAAUGUUUUAUUUACUGAUGCUUGUCAAAAUGUACUUACUUAUAUAUCAGAAACGGCGACUUAUUUUAAAUUACCUAUUAUAUCAUUUACUGACAGUGAUCUAUCAUUAUUAACAAAAGAUCGUUAUCCAUAUUUUUAUCAUAUUGUACCAUCGGAUCAUUCACAUAAUAGAGUACGUACACAAUUAUUACACUAUUUUAAUUGGACACGAUUUGGUUUGAUUUAUCAACAUGGAUCGAAAUAUACAUUGGUAGCAAAUGAUUUGUCAAAUUUAGUUGCUAUGGAUAAAACACAAUUUGAAGUUAAUUUAACACGUGGACUCGCUUACCGUCAUGGACCCGAAUGGCAAAAAGAUAAUGCAAGAUAUAUGAAAGGAUUAUUAACAGAUUUUAAAACUCGAGAUGUUCGAAUAAUUAUUGCUAAUUUUAAUCAAACAAUUGCUACACAAAUGUUUUGUCACGCAGCUCGUGAACAUAUAUAUGGAUCUCGUUAUCAAUGGAUUAUACUUGGUUUUCCAUCUUUAUCAGAUUGGUGGUAUGAACCAACAAAUUGUUCGAAACAAGAAUUAAUUCGAGCAAUUAAUGGGACAUUACAAACACGUGUACCACGUUUUUCUAUUGAUACUGAUCAAAAUCGAUCCGAUAAUGUUUUGGAAUAUUUAAAAAUAUAUUCUGAAAUAAACAAAACAUAUUUUGAUGCUUAUGCAUAUGAUACAAUAUGGAGUUUAGCAUAUCUUUAUCAAAUACAAUCAUUACAUAAUCAAUCAAAUAUUGAAAUAUUUAAAAAACAUCUUGAAACUAUUGAUUUUAUUGGUGCUACUGGAAGAGUAAGAUAUUUAAAUGGUGGAAGAAUAGGUGAAAUACUUGUUGAACAAUUUGUUGCUUGUCGAAUGAUGACUGAUGGUACAUGUAUAAGUCCAUGUUAUGAAGAAGAAGAUGAUUGUAAUUUAACUGUUGUGAAAGUUUUUCUUGCUAAAAAUUCCGAAUCAAAAAUUGAUCCACCAAUUUUAUAUAAACUUAAUCCAAUUAUGUGGCAUGGAAAUGGUCCACCACGAGAUCGAACAAAUCAAACAAUUGAAUUUCAACAUAUUUAUAUUUCAGUAUUUAUAUCUAUAUCAAUAUGUAGUGGAAUAGGAUUAUUUAUUUCAUGUACUUUUCUUGCUUUUAAUAUACAUUUUCAAUCACACAGAUUUAUUCGUAUGUCAAGUCCAGCAUUAAAUAAUCUUAUAUUAUGUGGGUGUAUGUUAGCUUAUAUGAGUAUAAUUGUAAUGGGUAUUAAUUCAUCUUUAUUUAUUAAAAAAUCUUAUAGAGAAAUAAUUAUGAAUAUUAUUUGUCCGAUUCGAGUUUGGAUAUUAUGUAUUAGUUUUACAUUAGCUUUUGGUUCAAUGUUUAGUAAAACUUGGCGAGUACAUUCAAUAUUUACAAAUAUAAAUACAACAAAAAAGGGUAUUCAUGAUUCUCGUUUACUUGCCAUAGUUGGUAUUCUUUUAUUUGUUGAUUUAAUAUUUCUUAUUUCUUGGCAAAUAUUUGAUCCAAUUCAUCAAAAACGCGUUUAUGAUACACCUUCAAGAUUAAAGGAUAAUCAUGAUAUAGAAAUAAUUCCAUAUCGUGAAGAAUGUAAAAGUAAAAAUAUGAGCUUAUGGGUUGUUAUUUUAAUCAUAUACAAAGGUUUAUUAAUGUUUUUUGGUUCAUUUCUUUCAUGGAAAACUCGUCAUGUAACAAUUCCAGCAUUGAAUGAUUCACGUUACAUUGGUUUAAGUGUAUAUAUUGUAUUUAUUUGUUGUACACUCGGUUCAUUAGUUAUAUUUAUACCAAAUGAACAAAUUCAAUUUUCAUAUUUUAUUCGAUCAUUUUUUAUUGUUAUUUGUACAACAGCAACUGUAUGUUUAGUAUUUGUACCAAAAAUUAUUGAAGUUUAUCGUGAUCCACAUUCAAGAAAACGACAACCGAGAGUAACAAGUCGUUUUCUUGAAAGAAAUCAUCAUCGUGCUGCAGUUACAGUACAAAAUUACAAUACAGCUUUAGAAGAUAAUCAACAUUUAAAAUUUGUUUUAUCUAUGCAAGAAGAAACAGUAGAUCGUUUAUUAAAGGAAUUGACUAAUUUACAAACUGGAAAAAAUAAUCCUUCGAAUGUCGGAACGUUAGAACUUGAACGUCUUGUUGCACCCAAUGAUGAAACUGAAGAAACACAUGAUGACGAUCCUUUACUGGAAGGUGACGAUGAAACUAGUAUAAAUUCUAUGAGAAAUCAUACUGUAUCACGACCGGAAUGUAUUGCACGUGCUGUUAGUUUAUGUUUAUUAAAUAAAAUUCAGAUGAAACAAUUAUAUUGGCCAGACUCAGUAGGUAUUGGUCGAUAUUCAAUUCCAUCAUUUAAUGAUCGUCUUCAUCCAUCAUCAACACCAUCGCCUUCAAAGAUCGUAUUUCAACAAACACAUGAAAAUUCAAAACUUAUCGAAAUAGUCGAAGACAAUGAAUUAUCAUCAAAUAAUCUCAAACGUUUAUAUGAUGGUUUAGGUUCACUUGAUGAAAUUCGUUUAAGUGAAAUGAUUGAAACUGAUCUUAUAUCAUGA